UUUGAGCAAAGAAAGCAACUCGCUGCAAUAUGUGCUAAAAUUAUAUAAAAUUAAAUAAGCUAAAAAGCAAAUAAUUGUGUGCCUGUGUUUCAAAAAUUCUAAGAGUGGGUGCGCAGUAGCAGCAACACACACACACGCUAACACAUACGUUCGCAUACAAAUAUCGCUGAGCGAGAGAGAAAGAGAGAUACUAGAGAGCGGAUAACAAUCGUUUGUGUUAUAGUGCAUGUGAUGCCAAUAAUUGAAGCUGAUCAAAGUAGAAAACACACUCGAACACCGAUUGUAGUGUGAGUGAGCGUAAAGGAGCAAGAGAGAGAAAGAGAAAUGUGAAUAAAAAACACUAGCAACAUAGAAGCUAAGCGAGUAUUACAAGGAGACAGCAGAAGAAGAACCAGCAACUAAAGCAACAAUCCCUCCAUUAAACAAUACAGCGUAAACCCAAAACAAACUUUCUCACACACACACACACACACAGCAACACACACACAGUGUAAAUACAACUGUAACGAAUUUAAUUCAACAAGAACAACACACGAUAAGCUUUUUGGGCUGCUACAACAAUUACAACAACAACAACUAAGAAAUUUUCCUAAGCAAGCAACAAUUGUUAAAUGCCAAGAUAAGUCGCUACUGUAUACAGACGGCCAUCAACAUAUCCCAGCAAGAGAAACGAUCAAAGGCGAAGCAUAAAGGCCACAACAACAACCACAACUUGUCUUUUAGGCUGGUCGAAGAUAAAUCCAGCAAAACGCCCAAUUCAACGGCAAAAGUCGCCAACAUAACAACAAAAAUAUUUGGCUGGAUACGCAAGACGCGCAACAAGAAGCCGCAGCAGCAACAACAACUAGCAGAGGAAGAAGUACGUGGAGAACAAGGAGAACAACAAGAGAGAGCAGGAGUUGCGCACUUUAGCAGCGAUUUUCACGAAAACGGCGACGAGCGUGAGGUUGUGCACGUGGACGUGGAAGCGGACGCGGGCGUGGCAGUGGGAGUGGGUGUGGGAUCGGGUACGGCGGGCACUUGGACGUCUGUUGGACGCGGCAGACGAUCGUUGGACGAUCAAAUAUCAGCUACUUCUUCUUCAUUGGCCAGUGUUGGAACUAAAGCCGGCAAGCUGAAUACCAUACAGACAGCCACGGAGACAACUGCCGCCGCCAACGCCGCCGCCGCCGCCAACAACGAUAAUACAAACGAACCCAAAUCUGAAAAGAUGUCAUCGGGCACGUUUGUGGAUCGCAUUGACCCAUUCGCCAAACGUUCACUCAAAAAAAAAAGCAAAAAGAGUCAAGGUUCCUCGCGCUACAGAAACUCGCAAGAUGUUGAGCUACAGCAAUUACCACCACUAAAAGCCGAUUGCUCUAGUCUGGAACAGGAGGAGCUGUUUAUACGAAAAUUGCGUCAGUGCUGCGUGUCAUUUGAUUUUAUGGAUCCCGUCACGGACCUCAAGGGCAAGGAAAUCAAACGUGCCGCACUCAAUGAUCUAUCCACCUAUAUCACACAUGGGCGUGGCGUGCUCACGGAACCCGUCUAUCCCGAAAUAAUACGCAUGAUCUCUUGCAACUUGUUUCGCACCUUGCCGCCCAGUGAAAAUCCAGAUUUCGAUCCCGAAGAAGAUGAUCCUACUUUGGAAGCAUCUUGGCCACAUUUGCAGCUUGUCUAUGAAGUGUUCUUGCGCUUUCUGGAAUCCCAAGACUUUCAGGCAACCAUUGGCAAACGUGUGAUUGAUCAAAAGUUUGUGCUACAGCUGUUGGAGCUCUUUGAUUCGGAGGAUCCACGCGAGCGUGACUUUCUGAAAACUGUCUUGCAUCGCAUCUAUGGAAAAUUCUUAGGCUUACGCGCUUUUAUACGAAAACAAAUCAACAACAUAUUCUUAAAGUUUAUAUACGAAACGGAACACUUUAAUGGCGUCGGUGAGCUGCUGGAAAUACUUGGCAGCAUUAUAAACGGCUUUGCCUUGCCCCUAAAGGCGGAGCAUAAACAAUUUUUGGUCAAAGUCUUGUUGCCGCUACACAAAGUCAAAUGUCUAUCGCUCUAUCAUGCUCAGCUGGCGUAUUGCAUUGUACAAUUCCUAGAGAAGGAUCCAUUCCUCACCGAGCCGGUGGUGCGUGGCCUGCUCAAGUUUUGGCCCAAGACCUGUUCGCAAAAGGAGGUCAUGUUCUUGGGUGAAAUCGAGGAGAUCUUAGAUGUCAUUGAUCCGCCGCAGUUUGUCAAAAUCCAAGAGCCACUAUUUCGCCAAAUUGCCAAAUGCGUAUCAAGUCCACAUUUUCAGGUGGCCGAGCGUGCUCUGUAUCUUUGGAACAAUGAAUAUGCCAUGUCGCUAAUUGAGGAGAAUAAUGCUGUCAUUAUGCCCAUAAUGUUCCCAGCGCUAUAUCGCAUUAGUAAAGAGCAUUGGAAUCAAACUAUCGUUGCGCUUGUCUAUAAUGUGUUGAAAACAUUUAUGGAAAUGAAUUCAAAACUGUUUGAUGAACUUACCUCUAGCUACAAGGCGGAAAGGCAAAAGGAGAAGAAGCGUGAACGCGAUCGCGAGGAGCUGUGGAAGAAGCUACACGAACUCGAAUCCAAUCGUUCCAGCGGGCGCGCCGCAGGCGGCAGCGCUGCAACAGCGAACAACAAUGCAACGGCUGCAUCAGCGGCGACUGCAUCAACCGGCCUAAACUCUCAGCAACAGUCGAAUAGCAGCAGCAGCGGCGGUGGCAGCGGCAGCGGUGGUGGUGCUGGUGGAGACAAUAAUCCUGCGACGGCUAAUUCAAAACUAAAAGAGAAGUCAGACAACUAA